AUGCUCCCGUCUAGUAACCCCCCCUGCCACGUGGCCCUCGCUGCCACUCUCGACGUGAUGACGCCAAAGGGCGGCUGUCUGACGUCACGCUGCGUCAGCUACACCAAGGGCAGACCACGGUACGCCUCUCUCUCGCCCUCUCCGCCUCUCUCUCGCCCUCUCCGCCUCUCUCUCGCCCUCCCCGCCCUCUCCGCCCUCCCCGCCCUCCCCGCCCUCUCCGCCCUCCCCGCCCUCCCCGCCCUCUCCGCCCUCCCCGCCCUCCCCGCCCUCUCCGCCCUCCCCGCCCUCCCUGCCCUCCCCGCCCUCCCCUUUCUCCCCUUUCUCCCCGCCCUCCUCACCCUCCCCGCCCUCCCCGCCCUCCCCGCCCUUCCCGCCCUCCCCGCCCUCUCUGCCCUCCCCGCCCUCCGCGUCGCACUUCCACUUGCCUCUCAUUCCGCUGCCCGUCCCUCCCCUUGUCUCCUCUCGUUCCGCCUUCACUCUUCCUGUUGGUUUUGGGGCGCCUCAGAAGCUGCCACAAACGAGAACGGCUGCUGCCAAACUUGCGCGCAGGCCGACAAGUGUGUCUUCUUCCACUACCAGCCGCCAACCGUUGCCGGCACCGCCGGGACCUGCAGGCUGCUUCCCAACCUGACGAAAUUCACCGUAGACAACACUAUAACGAGCGUCCCUCCGUCUUAUAUCGGAGGCAAAUGCAACCCGCUCGCGACAGUAAAAAACGACCCGCAUUUCGUGGGCGCGGAGGGCACGAGAUUUGAUUUCCACGGGGAUCUAAAUCGGUCCUUCUGCCUGCUGACUGACCGGGAUUUGCAUAUCAACAUGGGAAUCAAGGGGUAUGAGGAUCCGAGACUGGUCGUGGGCAGGAGGAGAGGAGGGAAGCGAAGACACAGACUGCCCAUACGGUCCUGGAUCAGGGAGCUCUACAUGACGUGGCGAGAUUCCAUUGGCUGGCAGCACUCGGUGUUCCUCAAGGCGCGGGAUGGCAAGGAGCAGCGGCGGGGGGAGAGAGGGUUCAUUGAGAGGAUGGAGCUUGAUGGCCAACUUGUUUCCCCUCCAACUCAGGUGGGGCAGGCAGUGCAUGGGGAGGGGCUCUUCCACAUGGUACUUCUAUCAACAGGGCCCUUGGGGGAUGGGAGGGACAGGGACACAUUCCUUGUGCGCGUGGGGGGAGUGGCAAGCAUGGAGCUCUCAUUGCAUGCCGCGCACCCGCUGCUGCAAACACCUGACGAGGCUCACACUCACUUCAACGUCCAUGUCAAGUACCUCAAUAACACAGGGGCAGUGCACGGUGUCCUGGGGCAGACUUUUCGAGGGGAAACUACCCGGUCUAAAAGGGCAGAGGAGUAUGGGCUUCUGACGAGGCUGCUGAGAGCGCCGAUACAAGCUGAUGGGGAGACAGGCCGAGGCUUUCUGGAUGGUGACGUGGAGGAUUAUGCCACGUCAGCAAUCGAUGCUGCUGACUGUGCAUUUGCCACGGCAUGGAAUGAGGCUCGGAAGAAGGUUCAGGAAGAGCUGGGGGAGGUUGGGGAGGAGCAGGGGGCUUCUGGAGAGGCUGAGGAGGAGGUUUGGAGGGAGUUUGAGGAGGCUCUUGAGGAAGUUCAGAAGGAGGCUCGGGGGGAGGCUUGGGAGGAGGUUCGGCAAGAAAUCAUGAAUAGUUUGCCAAUGGAGGGUAGAGAUCAGGGGUCUGAAGCAUAUAGAGACUUAGAAGCAGUGAGAAGGGUUGAGGGAGAUGGGGAGAAGAGGAAGCAGCAGCAGGAUAUCUUGACUGAAGAGAUGGAGGAAGAGCGAAAAGGAAGAGAAGCGAGAGGUUACAGGGAGGGCGUUAGGGAGAAUGGCAGUGGCGAGAUGUGGGGAAGGGAAUGGGAGAAGAGACUCAGCGGCUCAGCGGCUGAUGAGGAGAGUCUUACGAGGCUUAGCCGUCACAGAGAACAACUGGUUUAUGAAAUAUUUCAGUAA